GCUUUCUCACGCCCAAAUUACUCUCCAAACCAACUUGUCUUUUCUUCCCACUACAUCUUACAUCAAGCCUACACACAAAUACUUUCCAACAUGGCUCCUCACGCGGAUAGCCCUCCACCUAUGCCCCACAGCAUGCCCAUACAUCCCAUCACUGUCCUCGUAUCCUCGCGGGCUGUCGUGGCAGGAAGACUGACGGAAGCAACCAUUGUUGUAUCCAACGUCACAGGAAAAAUCACUUCAGUCUUCCACUCAAUUCUACCGCCCACAGACUUUCCAGAGGGAACGGCCUACACCGAUUACUCGCCCCACAUUCUGCUUCCGGGCCUGGUAGACGCCCAUGUGCAUCUCAACGAGCCAGGUCGUACGGAAUGGGAAGGAUUCUGGACCGGCACACGUGCUGCUGCGUUCGGUGGUGUGACGACCGUCAUUGACAUGCCGCUCAAUGCCAUACCUCCCACUACCACUGUGGAAAACUUGCAUGUCAAGAUUGAAGCUGCUCAGGGCAAAUGCUGGGUAGACGUUGGCUUCUAUGGUGGAGUGGUGCCAGGCAACGCUGGCGAACUGAAGGCACUUGUUCAGGAAGGUGUACGCGGCUUCAAGGGCUUCCUGAUCGACAGUGGUGUGGAAGAAUUCCCUGCUGUUGCUUCUACCGAUAUCGAGAAAGCUCUUCUGGAACUCAAGGACUCAUCCACUACUCUCAUGUUCCACGCCGAGAUGAUCCCACCCAUCGCAGACUCCGUUGGUGACGACGUUCAACGUGCACACCCACCACUUGCCCCUACAGGUCCUCUUACCCACUAUUCCACCUUCCUCGACUCACGUCCCCCAUCUUUCGAAACCUACGCCAUUGCCGAAAUCCUCUCCCUCGCCCACCUCGCCCCAGAACUCCAACUCCACAUCGUCCACCUCUCCGCCAUUGAAGCCAUCCCGCUCCUCCGCGAAGCCCGCUUAAGGGGCGUAAAAAUCACUGCAGAAACAUGUUUCCACUAUCUUACCCUCGCCGCUGAAGCCAUUCAAGAAGGCGACACCCGUCACAAAUGCUGUCCCCCUAUUCGCUCGCAGAACAACCAAGACGGACUCUGGGAAGAACUCGUGCAGGACCGCGCCGAUGGUGUUAUCAAAACAGUCGUCUCUGAUCACUCUCCUUGCACACCCAACAUCAAGCUCCUUCCCGCUGCCUACGCGCCUCAGAAGCCGUCGCUGAGGAAAGAAGGUCACGCUUCUGAUUGCGGAAGCUGCGAGAGCUCGGAGGGCGAGGAGGAAGGGCCUGAGGAGAAAGGCGAUUUUUUCAGCGCGUGGGGUGGCAUCUCGAGUGUCGGCCUUGGACUACCGAUUCUGUGGACUGAGGGUAAGAGACGCGAUGCCGAAUUCAGCAUCGAAGAUAUCGUGAGGUGGUGCUGCCACAACACGGCGAAGCAGGUCGGACUGGAGAAGAGCAAAGGAGAUAUCGGUGUCGGGUUCGAUGCUGAUAUUGUGGUGUUUGACGAUGCGGCCGAGUUUAAGGUCGAACCCAGCACCAUGCUCUUCAGAAACAAAGUCUCGCCUUACGAAAACAAAACUUUAAAAGGUGUCGUGCGCGAGACGUGGCUGCGCGGCCGCCGCAUCUUCUCCCGCGAAGACGGCUUCGUGGAGAAGGCUGGACCUAGCGGGAAGCUGCUGCUUGAGCCUCGAACUACACCGUCAGUGUGA